AUGGCUUCUGUGAGGAAGGUCACUGACAAGCGGCAUAACCCAGUGGAAAGCAUUUGUAGAAAAAUCAGAGCCAUCCAAAAGAGGGAAGAGAUUUCAGAUCCACUUCGACAGAUUCUCAAAUAUCAGUCUAGCAGUUUUGAUAGUCCACAGAUUAACACCAAGAAAGAUUUUGAAGAGGUACUAAAGAACAUGGCGACCACUCCUAUUCCUUCGCCCAACACUUGUUUCUCAAGUACUGAGAAAGACGAUGCCAUCAUUACAUCUCCUCAAAUAAUGUCUCCAAGAACCCCAUCCAUUUCUCACCUCAGCUCUCCCGAGAAUGCAACAUACCCUGUUCCUCGCACAAGUUCUGAAAACCUCUCAAGGCCAAGAUCACAGAGCUCUCAGAAUUACACAUCUUGGGUAUCACAGACCAGGGAAGGGGAGCGCUUCUUUAACAAGGAUUUGAAAAACUGUUGUAAUGAAAAUAAUUUUAGUGCGUCAACACUUGACUUUGAUUCAACGUCUGAUAAAAACUCUGAAUGUUUUACUCCUCAGGAAUCACUGGUGAAAAAAUUAUCUCUAAAUGGAGCUGUUUUCAGAUUACGGUGGAACUACUUUGGAAUUUUGAAACUUUUUGGAGGCUCCUACAUGCCAAUUAAAACAGGUUCAGUUGGAGUUGCCAAGAUAAUAGAUUACCUGAGACAAGCAAGUAGUCAAAAUUCUGAAGAUAGUGGACUUGAGGAGCUAUGGAACAUACUUGAUCCUGAAAAGGGAGACCUACAUGUGGACCUGGAAAUUUUUCGUGCCAUCAUGAAAGAAUGGAUGGCUUGCUGUAGAAACAAAUGGGAAAGAAUGCAUGGUGGAUCAGGUGGCACCGAUGAUUCUGUUUUUGAACAGGACAGCAUAAAAUCAAGUAGAGCAAUUAAGAUGACCACAGAUAAAACAGAAUGUACGUCAUGGAGCUUCGAGGCUUUGGGUGGAAAUAUGUCUAAAGGAGUCUUAGAAGUUUCUGAUUUGAUUACCUAUGUAGCAGACCUGCAUUUUCACAAGCAGAAACUGGAGGAGGAAAAUAAUAAGUUUAAAUCGGCAUUAGAAACCUUGGAAGAAGCUAACUGCCAAUUAUCAGAGGAUUGUACUGAGCUACGCCAUCAGAUAAAAAGUGCCCACCAAGCUAUUAUGAGAACAAAUCUGUUAAAAGAAGAACUGGAGGAACUGAAAAUUAGUAUGAAUGCUUCUGAAGAGCAGAAGACCAUGAUUUUAGCCCAGAACAAACAAUUAGAGACAGAAAACCGGGCUCUGAUUCUUAAGAUUCGGAUUCUCCAAGAAGAGAAUACUAAGAACAUUAUGGAUAUAUAUAAAUUGGAAAAGAAGAUUGACGAGUUGUCUAAAAUUGAGACAGAGCACCAAAUGGAGUUACAUACGUGUGAGAACACUUUGCUUAACAAAGAUGCAAGUUUGCAGAAGAAAGAUUUAAGUAUAGAAGAACUUAAGUCAACCAUCAUAGAAUAUGGAAACAUUAUAGAGAAUUUACGAGGGGAUAAAAACAAACUGACUCAUGAGUUACAGCACUUGCAGCAGGAACUUAUCCUAAAUGGGAUCCAGUUGAAUAUUAGUGGAGAGUGUAAUAGAAUCAUCUCUGAAGAAGAAAAAUCUUUACAUUGUGAACUCAUUCUUGCUCAGUCUGCAGAGAACAAUGAAACUGAGUGGCAGUGUAGUUUAAUCAACUUGUCAUCUCUGGAUAUGAUGAUGGACCAAGAAAUACUGCUAUUACAGAGAACAUUUGAACAAAAGGGAGUGAAAUUCACAGCUAUGCUUCAAAAGCUGGAUUUGUAUAACAUAUGUACUCAUGAAGAAGUUUCUAAAGUUGAAACCCUCAUGGAUAGCUCUCUACAGUGGGUAACUGAUCCAGAAAUUACUGUGAAAGAGAAGUGGGAGAACAAGCUUACUGAAUUCAAAUAUAUAAUGGAAGAGAAACUAAAUCUUUGCAUAUUAAUGCCAAACAGCUUGGGAAACCACAAAGAGUCUCUUGAUAAAGAAUUUGUCAAACUAAUAGAGAUUUUGAAGAGAUUCAGGCUGGAAUAUUUUUAUUUCAGAAAAGAAUUUCUCUCCAGGCAGAAACAACGAGAAGCCCUUGAACAAGUGCAAGAAGAUGCUGUCAACCAGGAAGCUGUCGUUAGGAAGAAGGUCCAAGGAACCAGCCAAUGGCUGGAGGACAGAGAGGAGCAGGUUGAGGAUCGAGAUCCGGCAGCCCACUCAGCCGGCGACAAAGCGAAGUCUUCGCUGCAUGAAUUAGAGGAAGCAAUCUCGGAACAACUGAAUCUCCAGACUGUAAAUACCGAAUUAGUGAACACUUGCCAGACACUUGAGCAGAAGACGAGGAAAUUGAAAACAACAACUGAGUCACUGAGAAAGAAGUUAAUUAAAGGACGCCUCCAUGGCUUGCUGUUUCAGAGCUGUUUAGAUGAGCAAUUUCCUCACUGUGAUCCCUUGUCCGGCACAGAUGGAAUUCAACAACCAUUUCAAGAUCAACUGAAGCAGUGUUGCCAUAAACGUUAUAGUGGUCAAGAAGCAAGAAUAUAUCAGACGCUCCUGACCUUCAAACAUACAUGCUGGUAUACACCUCUGCUGGAUGCCUUGCAUCUAGAGAGUCUCACAGCAAUUCCAAGCCUGGAAUUGACAAUUUCCUCAGGUGUAGCCAAACGAAUCCAGGUUUCACGUGAAAGGCCCAACUAUGGAGAAGUAGAGGAUGGUGCUUUGGAUGUGACUAGAAGAUGCAAGUGCCCAGGCCCUAAAGUUGGCCCCCACCCAGGAACAGAUCUUUCAGGUUGCAUCAGGAUGAAUGAUGACCUAAGGAUGGAGGAGAAUGGUGUUGACUGCUUGUAUUCUGAGAGCCUGCCACAGUCCAGGGAAUGUUCCACACUAUCAUCUCCUGGACACACUUCGUCCACAGAGAGUACUGUAACUUCAAGUGAUUCUGGGUCAGAAAUUUUGAAUAUGGCUUCUGGUGACCCGGACUGUAAAUCACUCUGUGAGAAAGAGGGAGAUACAAGAUCAGCUUCUGCUAUGAUAAAGAUCACAGGCCGAAGUCCAGCUCCUGAGAAUAUCGUACUCCAAGGCUCUGUGAGUGAGGACAAAACCAUGUUAAAUCUGGAAGCAAAAGAAGAACCAGAAACAAUAGGUGAGCAUAGAAAAGAAUGUGCUGCAGGAGACACUGCUCUUUCCUCCUGUCCUGUAACCACUGUGAAAUCCGUUAACUUUAGACAAAGUGAAAGCACGUCUGCUAAUGAGAAGGAGGUGGAGGCUGAAUUUCUCAGAUUAUCUUUGGGAUUUAAGUGUGACUGGUUCACCUUGGAGAAAAGAGUGAAGCUUGAAGAAAGAUCACGAGACUUGGCAGAAGAAAAUUUGAAGAAAGAAAUCACUAACUGUUUAAAGCUGUUAGAGUCUUUAACACCACUUUGUGAGGAUGACAACCAUGCCCAGGAAAUUGUUAAGAAGCUGGAGAAGAGUAUAAUAUUUCUUAGUCAGUGCACUGCACGAGUGGCCAGUAGGGCCGAGAUGCUGGGAGCCAUUAAUCAGGAAAGCCGGGUUAGUAAAGCAGUUGAAGUAAUGAUUCAGCAUGUAGAAAACCUGAAGAGAAGGUAUGCCAAAGAGCAUGCUGAAUUAGAAGAACUGAAACAGGUUCUUCUGCAAAAUGAAAGGUCUUUUAACCCUCUUGAAGAUGAAGAUGACUGCCAAAUUAAAAAGCGUUCAUCUUCCCUAAACUCCAAGCCAUCUUCUCUCCGAAGGGUGACCAUUGCCUCUUUGCCCAGAAAUAUUGGAAAUGCAGGAAUGGUGGCUGGGAUGGAAAAUGACAGAUUCAGUAGGAGGUCAAGCAGCUGGCGUAUUUUGGGAUCAAAGCAGAGUGAACACCGUCCCUCAUUACAUCGAUUUAUUAGCUCCUAUUCCUGGGCAGAUGCUGAAGAAGAAAAAUGUGAACUAAAAACUAAAGAUGACUCAGAACCACCUGGAGAAGAAACAGUAGAAAGGACAAGGAAGCCAAGUCUUUCUGAAAGGAGAAAUAAUCCAUCAAAAUGGGAUGGUUCUUCAAUUUAUGACACAGUAGCUUCAUGGGCAACAAAUCUCAAGACUUCCUUCAGAAAGGCGAAUAAGGCACUCUGGCUUUCUGUUGCAUUCAUUGUACUGUUUGCAGCUUUGAUGAGCUUCCUCACAGGACGAUUUUUCCAAAAGUCUGUGGAUGCUGCUCCCACACCAGAUGGGGACUCCUGGAUGUCUGUAGAGCAAAUCUUGUGGCCAUUUACCAGACUCCAACACAAUGGACCACCACCAGUGUGACUAGAGCACAUCUUAACGUGUGUGUCUUGGUUUUUAAAGAUUCAGUAUCUGAACUUCGUAAAUUAGUCAUUUUUAGCUGGGAAAGUAUAGCGUUGAACCAGAGGGUCUCAGAAGGACUGUAAGGUAUUUUACAUUCCCUCUUUCUGCGAUUUCCUCUCUGGCUACAAUACAAUGGGGAGGAAUCCUGCCUGUGAUUUUUAAUGAGCUUUUUGAGGAGGAGGUAUUAUAUAUUGUUUGUCAAAAUUUAUUGAAAUAA